UUUUUUACUGAAAAUUUAUCACGGGAUCCAGAAAUGAUUAUAAAUUCCCUCUAUCUAAGCUAUCCGAAAUUCUUCAAGAAUUUCAAUGAAACGCUUUCUCCCGAUCAUUUUCAGGAUAUUCAUCGGAUUUCAGAAAGUUUUGUACAUUAUUCAACACUUAUGGGCUCAACACACUACGAGCGAAAAAAUGAGAUUUGGCCAACAGCUAUGGACAUGGUCAUACGAACAUUCUUGAACCGUCAUUCUAUGCCUCUUCCCGCUGCAUCAUCUUAUCCGAUGACAUAUAAUCCUCCUAACAAAGAUAUUGAAUUCAGGCAAGGUUUGUCAAGUAAAAUGCAACAAUCUAGUAUAAAAUCAGCGAGAAUUGGUGGGAUGAAAAGAAAAUCCUAUAAUUGA